CUCCACAUUCAUGAUGAAAGAUUCUUCAGACUGUAGUAUUCAAGUGGAGGAAGGUGACAGUUGAGGGGACCUGGAUCCCCACAGCUGAUCAUUCUCCCCCUCUUCUUCUCUCCACCACCCUUGGUCUUUGCCUCGGUCAUGCUGCUCCAUCUACUGGAGGAUUUCCCCGUUACAGUCGCCAGGAUUCUUGCCAGGAUACUCACUAGCUUAUUAGGUCCAUGGCCCCUUCGGUUCUAGUCCCUGAUCCCCCCCAGUAAUUGAAUGCGAACCAAUUCCCGGUCUCUUAAAUCUCCUAUCCAAGCCUCGACGGGGGCUCAUUCGCGGACAGAGGAGUCCAAGCGAUGCCGCUAAUUCGGUCGCUAACAGGAAACAGAUUAUCAUUUAUCUCCUGAAUCAACCGUCUCUGUUUGUUACUUCUGUCCUGACUCGAUCCUCUGUGUGAUUCCAUGUUGGGUUGCCUGUCGUGAGUGUUCCAUGCUCGUGUCGGUCCCACAUCAUGGUCUUCUUCCGUUCAUCGCCUCGGAGUGCUGAAGACCCCGCCCCGGAUCUACCACCCACGGGGCCCGUCUAUAGGGUCUACAAGCGGCGGUUCUUGGGGCUCGCUCAGCUGGUCCUGUUGAAUGUUGUCGUGAGCUGGGAUUGGUUGACCUUCUCGGCCAUCUCCACGACCGCCGCCGAACAUUUCGGCGUCUCGGAGAGUGCCGUCAACUGGAUGAGCACGGGCUAUCUCUUUGCCUUUUGUGUCGCUAGUCCCGUCGUCAUCUUCACGCUCAACAGAGGCGGCCCCAAGCCCGCCAUCAUCACCACCUCAGCGCUCCUUCUCGCAGGCAACUGGAUCCGAUAUGCCGGUACGCGCGCCCGCGGCGGCAUCUUUGGCGUCGCCAUGUUCGGCCAGAUCCUCAUCGGGCUGUCGCAACCCUUCUGCCUGAGUGCCCCCACCCGCUACAGCGACCUCUGGUUCUCCGAUAAGGGUCGCACCAGCGCGACGGCCCUCGCGACCCUCGCUAAUCCACUGGGCGCGGCGCUGGGCCAACUGAUCAACUCGUUCUGGGCGACCAAGCCCAGCGAGGUGCCGGACAUGGUGCUCUGGCUCUCGGUCAUGGCCACCGUCGCAGCGAUCCCCUCGUUCUUCCUCCCGUCCAGACCGCCCACCCCGCCCAGCGCAUCCGCCUCGACAGCCAAGACCCCGCUCCUCCCCGCGGUGACGCAGCUUCUCAAGACCCUCGAGUUCUGGCUCAUCCUGAUCCCCUUCGCCGUAUACGUGGGGUUCUUCAACAGCGUGUCGUCGCUACUGAACCAGAUCCUCGAACCACACGGCUUCAGUGAAACCGACGCUGGCAUCGCCGGCGGCAUCCUCAUCGUCGUCGGACUGAUCAGCUCAGCCAUCCUCUCCCCGAUCACCGACCGCUGGAAGCACUACCUGUUCGCGAUCCGCACGCUGGUCCCCAUCAUCGCCGCCACCUAUAUCGGGUUCAUCUUCGCGCCGUCCAGCCCCGCCGGCAUCGCCCCCAGCUACAUCGUUUGCGCCCUCCUCGGCGCCGCCUCCUUCGGCCUCCUCCCCGUCACCCUCGAAUACCUCGUCGAGAUCACCUACCCGUUCUCCCCGGAGAUCGGCAGCACCAUCUGCUGGACCGGCGGCCAGCUGCUCGGGGCUAUCUUCAUCCUUAUCCAAGACGCUCUCAAGGCCAGCCCCGGCGCCAGCCCCCCGGGCCACAUGCGCAACGCCCUCAUCUUCUCCGCCGUGAUCGCCACCGUCGCCGCCCCGUUCCCCAUUUGUAUUGGACUCUUCGGGAGAGAUGUCCGCCGUCGCCGCUUGGACGUCGACUGUGGCACCGCUAUUGACGACGACACUGAGCGUGCCGAGGCUGACUCGGCGGCCCAGACGACGGGCCCGACGGAGUCGAAGUCUCGUUUCGAUAUCUGGACGAAGAAUUGAUUUUCUCUCUUGAUCUGUCUCUGUCCCUCUAUCUCUUUUACGUCCGUGCCAUGCAACUUUUACUGUCUUGUCAUACCCAAUGAUUGUUUGUUUUGUUGUUCUUUUUCUAAUGUUUAUUUCGAGUCCGUCUAUGAUGGACUGUCUAUGUCGACACGCGUAUGAUUGAUGUACAUACCUGCCU